GUGCUCACCAUUGAAGAUGAGGAUGCUGCCCGUGUAUACGGCAUUCCUCUUGGCGGUGCUGAGAUUGACCUUGUGAAGGCCAAUAACUCUAUGCUCAAUGUUCUGAAGGAGGAGCUCGGCCUGGAGGGUAAUCGGGAACGAAAUAUGAAACUUGUGCACAUGGUUAAGUUGAGUAAGUCGACUAAAGGUCGGGGUAGAGGGAGUAGGAGGCCACCUGUUGCAGCUGCAGUGAAGCAGUUCCUACUUGUGGCUCUUGGUUCGUUGCUCGUUCCAACAAGCUCCCGGAUCUGUAAGUUUGACUAUGCCGAGUACUUGGCGGGGAGGGUUGAGGACAUUAGAACUUUUAAUUGGAGUGGUCAUGUCGCCCGACAGCUGAAGGUAGAGCUGACUGUUACAAAAAAAAGAGAAGGUGAGGCUAGGGCCAGGGGAGCUGAUAUGCAGUGGGUUAAUGGGGAUAUCCAAUUCUUGAUGCUUCAUUUGAUGGAUUUCCUUAAGGUGAGAGGAAUCGCCACAAAUACAAUCCCCAGCUGCAGCUAUUGGUUUGAACCAAGGGUGGAUAACCUAUGCUUGGCUGUCCCUAAGGCGGAGUUAUAUGAUGUGGCUCCCGUGUUGCUGUCGAGAGAAGAAGUCCGAUCUCGCUUCUUUCCAGGACGUGGCAGGAGGGAGUGGGAAUCAGGAACAAGCAGCUCGGCUCCUCAUACAGCUACUCCUCGGUUAUACACGACAGAAUGGUGGGAGGAAACAGACUUGGAGUCCCUUGAUACCGACGAGCUUAAGGCACUUCAGUCCUUGACUGAAAAAGUGAAGGAUAAGUGGGAUUCAUGGCGGGAAAGUGUCCGAAGGGUUGCCAUUGAGCGCCAGCAAGACAAGAAUUGAACUUUGCAUGUUUGGACGUCAUUAAGUGGUUGUAAUGGAGCUUUAUUCAUUUAUAUAAUUGCCAUGUUGGAAUGGCUUUGAACCAAGGGUUGUAUCGAAC